AUGAUACUAUUUGCUCUAGUUUUAUGUUUUUGUCACGCGUCGGAUCUCUCGAAGAACAGACUGAAAACAGUAAAGUCCUUGUUGACAACAACUGUUGAUAGUUCUGGUGCGUUCAUGUUAUUGAACAACAACGAAAUGAUUGGAGCGUAUAGCAAAAAAGGUGUAGUAAGAGGGAAGUGUCACCGAUUGAAUGCACAAGAAGAAGUGAAUGGUUGGUCGAGUGGUGAAGAGACGGAAGUAGUUGUAGUUAUUCCCGACAACAUAUUAAACGCAAAGAAUUUGGAAUUGUUUGGGUCAAAAAAGGUAGUUGGAGUUGUCGCGUACAAAUCGGAAGGCAAUAUCACCUCGCAAGAUAAACAAACAAGUUUCAACCCAGACGGGGAUAACUCGGCGUGGAAAUUAUGGGACUUCCCCAUUUUCUAUACAACAGCCAGUGUCGAUUACUUUGCUAGCGAAGGUUCACAUCUACAAAUUGAGGCGGCAAUGAACUCGGACGUCAACUCCGAGACAUGUUUAAGACGUGGGAUGUGCAAACCGAUUGGUGGGCAGACGUUGUAUGGCAAACUUGAUAACACGACAAGAAGUAAAAAGAUAUUACUAACUGCUCAGCUUGAUGGGGUGAGUUUAUUUAGAGAGACGACACCUGCCAAUGAACAAGUGUUGAGUGGUGAAGUCACAUUACUCUCCGUCAUGCAGACACUUAAACCCUUGAUGAAGAAGUCAAAUAUCAGUGUCGAAUUUGCACUGUUUGAAGACGAGACAUUUGGGCAUAUGGGGUCCAGACUAUUUUCCUCAACAAACGAUUCAUACGACGCGAUUUACAAUUUUGGACAUUUAGGGUUGACUGAGGGAAAGGUGUAUGUGUACACACAACAUGAUAUUCCAACUGUGGAAAGACUCGAAAAAGUGACUUUAACCCCACCAGAAAGCCCACUAGAUUCAUUCAAGAAUGGGGUGAAGUAUCAUUUUGCAGAUCACUUAGAAGUAUAUAAAGGGAAGGUUGGUACACAUCGAGAUGUUAUAGAGAAAAUAGAAGAGCUGUGUGACAACGUGAAAACGAUAUCGAGAGUCUUGAUGGAAACACUCUUUGAGACAAAUUACGAGACUUUUGAAAAAGACAACACAGUUGAAUACAACUGUUCUAUAUUUGACGAGCUGUAUUCCUGUUUCGCAGAAGACAUGACGUGCGAGUAUUUCAAUGAAACAAUUGGCGUUAUUAAAGGGAAUGGCAAUUCAUACUCUUCUAUAUAUGGAGACGAAAGAAUUACUGCACGAAGCAAAGCUCUCUCAGACUAUUUGAAAUAUAUUGUGACAUUGAAUCAUUGUGAAGGAGACUGCGAAGUCAACAAUGGAACAGUUCAGUACUUACCAACACAUGGAAGUGACAUCGACACAGACAAAAAUCAAAUUAGAGGAAACUCUGGAGACGCGUGGACUGAAAGCGACUGGAAGACGUUGAGACUCUCUUUUUAUAAAACAAGAAAAUUGUCUGAUAUCAUCAUGUGUGUAGUCGGGGUCGUCACAACAAUGGCGUUCAUUACAGCUUCAUUUGUUUUACUUUUCAAAGGAAAGUAUUUUGAAUAA